CCAAAAGCUCAGAUACGCGCACACCGACCAUCAAGGCAACAGCGGGCAGCGGGGACGAGUGAAAAGACGAGAGGCGCCGGAAGAAACUUUUUAUUUCGCUAUCAGACUUCACACCAGCAACGACUCCUUCUGUUUCUUCUCAGGCAGAAAAUAACUUGUGUCAUGUCGGUCCUCUCUGAACUGCUGGGAUCGGUUAUGUGGACACACGUAUAUUAGUUCUUUUGUCAAAAAAAGAAAGAAGAGCAGGAGGAGAGCUGGAGAGGUUUGCCUCCACGUUUGUUUUUUCACUUUAAGGUAUCAUCUGCUGUUUCCAGCUGGGAAGUGCCGGGGAAAGAGAAAUCAGGAAAAAAAGGACUUUGAUCCUCGGAUCCGGACAGAUCCCUUGUUGGCACUUUAUCCCCUGGCCCCGACCCCUUGCUCUCACCCUCGUCGCUCCGCAUAUAAGGAUGCCAGCAUGCCUUCCUUAGUCAUUUCCAAACUGCUCAUUAUCUGGCUGGGUGUCCAGAGAUUGGCCCUGGGCGCCGAGCGCAUCUCGACCCGGGAGCGCUUCAGGGUGGUAAUCGCUCCUCUUAUCUGUAAGAGGACUUGUCUCAAGGGGCAAUGUCAAGACACCUGCGAGCAGGGCAACAACACCACGCUGAUCGGCGAGAACGGCCAGUCCGCCGACACUCUCACGGGAAACGGCUUUAAAGUGGUGGUGUGUCGUCACACAUGCAUGAACGGCGGGGUAUGCAGCUCGCACAGUCACUGCCUGUGCCCCCCUGGAUUCACUGGCCGUCUGUGCCAGUUCUCCAUCCGCAAGACCCAGGAAGCCCAGGCAGCUGUAGGCAACAAGCAGCCAGCCUACAGUCUGCAGCUGGUUCCGGAAGUUUCUGGCCCAGGGGAGCAGGGGCGGGGGCACAUGGCACAGACCCACUCCGUGUUCAGCCUCCCGCUGGCACCCGGUGUUGGGCAUCACUCGCAAGAAGUGCAGUUCAACGUGCGCGUCCACCACACGUCCGACACCGCCGUCGUCAUCCAUCCCGUGGACCAUUCGGAUGGCAAGCCCCCCCACAAGACCACGGUCCGCCUUAUGCCGCAAACGCACAAGCCUCGGGGGCGGUGCUUCCAGGAGACCACGCCCAAACAAGCCUGCAGCAGUAACCCUUUGCCGGGACUGACCAAUCAGGAGGACUGCUGUGGCAGCGUGGGAAAUUCUUGGGGGCAGAACAAGUGCUACAAGUGUCCCAAACUGUUGUACCCAGGAGUCCACAAACCACAUACCAUCAUAGAGGAAUAUGGUCCCACCUGCCCACACGGGUACAAGAGGCUGAACAGCACUCACUGCCAAGACAUCAACGAGUGUACCAUGCCGGGGGUGUGCCAGGACGGAGAGUGCCUCAACACGCAGGGCAGCUUCCUCUGCGCCUGCAAGCCGGGCUACAUCCUCGACAGGACCAGAUGCGUGGAGCCGCCGGUGGAACAGGGUCAGUGCUUCCUGAUGGUGACGGAGGCGGGACAAUGCAAGCAUGCCCUGCCCACACCCCUCUCCCAGGAAAUGUGCUGCUGCACCGUGGGCAAAGCCUGGGGCAGCAAGUGCGAGAGGUGCCCUCAGGAUGGCACGGCCUCCUUCAGUAAAAUCUGUCCCGCCGGGAAGGGCUACUCCUACCAGACGUACUCGGGGAGCUUGAUCAUCUCCCCCCAGAUGCUGCAGCUCUACCCGAACCUGGAGCAGCUUCUCCACCUGUCCCAGACCGACGGCAAACAUCAGGAGAUCAAGCCGCAACCGCCCCAAAAGGAGGUGCCUCAGGUGGUGACCACGCCCACGCAGACCUCCACCGUCAGCACGCACAGACCCCAGAUGCCUGUGAUUGUGGCCAAACCCACCCCGCAUCCCAUAAUAAAAGUGGCUCCAGAGAGGGACUCCUUAGAGGUCGCCCAGACGCAGGUCACACAAACGGACGAGUGCCGGCUGAACAGGAACAUCUGUGGCCACGGGGACUGCAUUAACGGACAGAAUGGCUUCACAUGCCAGUGCCACGCCGGCUACCGGCCGCACCCACAGAGGAAGAGCUGCGUGGAUGACAAUGAGUGUGAGUCGGACCCCUGUGGAUCCGGACGAGGCUCAUGCGUCAACACCAUGGGCUCCUACAGGUGUCGGUGUCUCCAUGGUUACAAGCUCCUUGUCCACCAAGGGAAGCUCAAAUGUGUAGAUGUCAACGAGUGCUACAAGCCGCACACCUGCGGCGAGGGAGGCAAGUGCAUCAACCUGCCGGGAAGCUACAAGUGCGAGUGCUUUGAGGGCUUCAAGAGCAGGUCCCACCGGCAGCCUGUGUGUGAAGACAUCAACGAGUGCCGGGACCCGCGGACGUGCCCCAACGGUCAAUGUGAAAACAGGCCUGGUUCUUACGAAUGCGUGCCCUGCCUACCUGGGCACCAGGCCCAGGGGGGAGUCUGCUACGACAUUAACGAGUGCCAGAAGAGGGGGGUGUGCCCACACGGACGCUGCGAGAACCUUCCGGGAACGUACCGCUGUCUGUGCAAGGACGGCUUUCUGCCAGGGUCAGACGGCAGGAGCUGCCGAGACAUUGACGAAUGCGAGGACAGCCGGCUGUGUUCCAACGGACGCUGUCUCAACACCGAGGGCUCCUUUGUAUGCCAGUGCUACUCGGGGUACCAGCGGACCAAGGAGGGGAGCCACUGCGAAGACAUUAACGAAUGCGAGCGGUCCUCCAAGUGCCUGUUUGGUCGCUGCGUCAACACCAUGGGCUCGUACCGCUGCGAGUGCCAGAAUGGCUUCAUGCUGGUCAACGGGAGGCGCUGUCAAGACAUCGACGAGUGCGCCAUGGACAGGAGCCUGUGUCAGCCCCACGGCGUGUGCGAGAACCGGCAGGGGGCCUACAUAUGCGUCUGCAACGAGGGCUACGUCAGCUCCGAGGACAAGCGUGGCUGCGAAGCGAUAGAGGUGGACAUAGACAACAAGAAGGAAUGCUACCUGAACCUAGACGACACUGUGUUCUGCGACAGCGUGCUGGCCACCAACGUCACCAAGCAGGAGUGCUGUUGCUCCAUCGGCGUUGGCUGGGGGGACCACUGUGAGAUCUACCCCUGCCCCGUCUACCACUCCGCGGAGUUCCACUCUCUGUGCCCCAUCGGGAGGGGAUUCUACCAUGAGGAACGCAUGACGGAGUACGGCCUGGCUAUGCGAGACAUCGACGAGUGCGUCCUGUUCUCCAGCGAGAUCUGCAAGGAGGGCCGCUGCAUGAACACGCAGCCCGGGUACGAGUGCUACUGCCAGCAGGGCUUCUACUACGACAGCGUCCUCCUGGAGUGCAUUGACACAGACGAGUGUCAUGAUGAAUCUCUCUGCACCAAUGGCCGCUGUGUCAACACCAGGGGCUCCUUCUACUGCAUGUGCAGCCCACCUUGGGUCCCCGACACCUCCAAGAAGAAGUGCGUGAUGCCCGCUGUGACAGGUGUGAAUGAGUGCCAGGACCCGACCAACUGCAGGAACGGGCACUGCGUGGACACCCCGGACACCUACUACUGCAUAUGCACCCCGCCCUGGAUCCUGGCCAGUGAUCGCAACAGCUGCAUCACCCCAGAGGAACAAGGUGAUGUCAACGAAUGCGAAGACCCGUCGUACUGUCAGAACGGACAGUGCGUCAACACGCCCGGCUCCUACCACUGCAUCUGCACGCAGCCGCACACCUUCAGCGCCGCGCUCAAGAAGUGCGUCUACGACGACCGCACGGCCGCCCAUAAGGACGUGUGCUUCCUGCAGGUGGACGAGGGCCUCAUCUGCAGCCGGCCCCAGAAAGGCCUCAUGGUUACCUACUCUGAGUGCUGCUGCCACUAUGGACGCGGCUGGGGGCCCGAGUGCCGCACCUGCCCCCAGAGAAACUCCGGCAUCUUCGUCCGGCUCUGCGAGAUGCAUCUGGACACAGAGUCCGACGGCGACGUAGACUCGCUGGCCGCCUUCGUCAGCUACAAACCGGGCGGUGACAGCUCAGAGGAGGACUCGGACGAGUGCAGCUGCACCAACGGCCGCUGUGUGCCCUCCUACCUGGGCACCGUGUGCGAGUGCAACCCAGGCUUCCGGUUGGACCACUCCCGUACCCGCUGCACAGAUAUUGAUGAAUGCACGGAACCGGGCCUGCGCAUCAACUCCUGCAAGAACGCCCGCUGCAUCAACACGCUGGGCUCCUUCAAGUGCUACUGCAAGCACGGCUACGUGCCCACGCGGCGGCCCAACAUUUGCGUCCAGGCCAGGACUUAACACCGGCAGAAAUUAACUGACACCCCCCUCCGCCAUCCCCCACCCCCCCCCAGCCUGGUUGGACACUCUCCUGCCUCACCCGUGCCUCAUUUUUGUGGCAGCGCCCCUUUCUGCCCGAAUUCAGACCUUCAGCCCGACAGACACCAGGAGGGAGCCAUUGAGGAACGUUCUAAAGUUCCGACGCCAUGUUCCGCGCUUCCCGUUUCGAACAGGAAGUCUUCCCUCUGGUGAACUUCACUCGGGUGUAAGAGGUGGCAUGAUUUUUCAAGAGACAUGUGCCUUAUCGUGGAGGGGGGGUGGGGAGACCACCCCGCCUUAGGCUCUCUCCUAAAAUAAACACGACCAGAGUUUCUACAGCAGAAGUAAGAAACCCCAUCUGAGCGACUCCCGUUCCUCCUCAGGCAUCUUUUGCUGGUACACGCGUGGCUGUGGUUUAAAUGGUUCCCUACUGGUCAUGUCUGCAGUUAGAGACCUUUUUAAGGGUGCCCUUAACCCCUGAAACGCGCAACACCUUCUCCAGCUGUAAAUCGGUAACUGUCGCCAUUGUUGUUAAUAUUGGUCCCUCAGAUUUUUUUUAACUCUUGUUUUUAUUGUAAUAUUAUGUUUACAUAAAUUACGUGCUAUAUACUGAAGCAGUGUUAAAACAGACUUGGAAUAAUGCCCUUAAACGUCGUCUCAGUGUGGAAACGAUACAGACGUAUCUUCUUUCUCCUUACCAGUAUUUUUUUAGUAUAUAAAAUGUUUCCAUGUGCUUUGAACUGGACUUUUGAGUCUUUCCCCCACAUUAUUUAGGUCACCAGCAUCACUUAGGAACAAAAACAUUAUUCCCAUCAAAACUGCCUUUGCUUUUACUUCAGAACCUUCUGGAAAGUGGAUGGUAAUUCCUCUGCUCAGAUUUACAGAAUCUGCAUGUAUAGAGUCAGUUUGUUUGUUUUGGUGAUUCUGACUCCUCUCGUUGUCCGAAGUGAAGCCAUAAUCUCCUGAUACAUUCACUCUCCCUGGUUUGGUACUGGAUUUUUUAUUUCUUCUUUUUAAAUAUGUUAUUUGAGGUUGAAAAUACGAGGAUUUUCACACUAAUGUGCAGAAUUUAAGUGGAGCAUGAUGGGAAAUUAAAUGCAGGGGGUUCAAGCUGAGGCCGUCGCCGGUCAGCGGAGAUGGACGCUUCUGGGAAAUUAGAAGCACAGCAAGGUGAGAAGCAUGAUCGUUGUUUCAGAGACCGCAGCGACUUACGUUUUUAUUUAACUGCAAACGGUAUUUCCAGCCCGGGGACAAACGAGGAGAAAGCUUUGUUGACAUCCUAAGGAAGUUAAUAAAUGGAAAUGGUGAAAACGGUG